GAGAAGAUCUCUGGCGCGCCGAACGAAGACGCGCAGUGUCCCUGCGCGUUUAGAGGAGGAAUCAGCUGCUGGCAGGAGGGGAGCGACGAGAAGGAGCGGAAGAAGAAACAGCAGACCUACAUUGCAGGCGACCAUUCCUUCACUGCUGGUGUCCUUUCACUGCUAACCACCUGCAGAAAACGGUCCCUUUUCUCUCCCUCUCUCUCUCCAAGGCUUAAGGUUCGCAAUAUGCCUCGGAUCUAACAUCUCUGGGAGAGAAAGCGGAAUAUCAGACUCCCCUGGUGGAUGUGGACACUUAAACUGUGGACAUGGAAAAGAUAGUAAAUUUAUCCGUUUCAGUUCUGCUGGUUUUAUGGGGAUGCGCGCUUGGAGGCUCGCCCAGUGUUCAAAUUGGGGGACUUUUUCCAAGGGGCGCGGAUCAAGAGUACAGCGCAUUUCGGAUAGGGAUGGUUCAGUUUGGCACCUCGGAAUUCAGACUGACUCCUCAUAUUGAUAACCUGGAAGUGGCGAACAGUUUUGCCGUCACCAAUUGUUUCUGUUCUCAGUUCUCGAGAGGGGUGUACGCCAUUUUUGGAUUCUACGACAAGAAAUCCGUCAACACCAUCACGUCGUUUUGUGGGACGCUACAUGUCUCCUUCAUAACGCCCAGCUUCCCCCUGGAUGGAAACCAGCAGUUCAUUAUCCAGAUGCGACCCGAUAUCAAGGGUCCCCUCCUCAGCCUUAUCGAGUACUACAAGUGGGACAAGUUUGCCUAUUUGUACGACAGCGAUCGAGGCCUGACAACGCUGCAGGUUGUACUGGAUACAGCAGCAGAGAAGAAGUGGCAGGUGACAGCCAUCAAUGUGGGGAAUCUGAAAGAUGAGAGAAAGGAUGAGGCCUACCGCUCACUGUUCCAGGAUCUGGAGAACAAGAAAGAGAGGAGGGUGAUCCUGGACUGUGAACAGGACAAAGUGAAAGACAUUAUGGAUCAGGUCAUCACUAUUGGUAGACAUGUUAAAGGCUACCACUACAUCAUAGCAAAUCUGGGUUUCGUUGAUGGGGACCUCUCCAAAAUUCAGUACGGUGGAGCCAAUGUUUCAGGCUUUCAGAUUGUUGAUUUCGACGAUCCUUUGGUUUCCAAAUUCGACCAGCGAUGGGAGGCCCUGGAAGAAAAGGAGUACCCGGGUGCCGACAGCAAAAUCAGGUACACAUCAGCGUUGACGUACGACGCUGUGCAGGUGAUGACAGAAGCCUUCCGAUACCUACACAAACAGCGCAUUGACUUCACCAGGAGGGCCAACAAUGGUGACUGCCUGGCCAAUCCCGCUGUGCCUUGGGCUCAGGGAGUAGAGAUUGAGCGUGCACUGAAACAGGUUCGUGUGGAAGGCCUAACAGGGAACAUCCAGUUUGAUCAACACGGCAAGAGAGUCAAUUACUCAGUGAAUAUAAUGGAACUAAAAAGCAACGGGCCUGUAAAAAUUGGAUACUGGAAUGAAGUUGACAAAAUGGCUGUCACCAAAUCUGAUGUCUUUACAAAUGACACAACAGGAAUGGAAAACAAAACAGUCAUCGUCACCACGAUCUUGGAAGCUCCGUAUGUAAUGCUGAAAAAGAACGCUGACCUUUUCGUAGACAAUGACCGCUACGAGGGCUACUGUGUAGAUCUGGCUGCAGAGAUAGCGAAGCACUGCGGCUUCAAAUAUCAACUGAAAAUAGUGGGGGAUGGGAAGUAUGGAGCUAGAGAUGCAGAAACCAAGAUCUGGAAUGGGAUGGUUGGAGAGUUAGUGUAUGGGAAAGCGGACAUUGCUGUGGCUCCUUUGACAAUCACACUGGUACGAGAGGAGGUGAUAGACUUCUCCAAGCCCUUCAUGUCUCUGGGAAUCUCCAUCAUGAUAAAGAAGCCUCAAAAAUCUAAACCUGGAGUCUUCUCUUUCCUGGAUCCCCUGGCUUAUGAGAUCUGGAUGUGCAUUGUUUUUGCCUACAUUGGUGUCAGCGUGGUGCUGUUCCUGGUCAGCCGCUUCAGCCCCUAUGAGUGGCACACUGAGGAGUAUGAGGACGGGCAGAUCCAGACCAAUGAGUCGACUAAUGAGUUUGGCAUAUUCAACAGCCUCUGGUUUUCCCUGGGAGCGUUCAUGCGUCAAGGCUGUGACAUCUCACCUAGAUCUCUCUCUGGGCGUAUUGUUGGCGGCGUGUGGUGGUUUUUCACUUUAAUCAUCAUCUCCUCCUACACGGCUAACCUGGCUGCUUUUCUGACUGUCGAGAGGAUGGUAUCUCCCAUUGAGAGUGCAGAGGACCUGGCUAAACAGACUGAGAUAGCUUAUGGAACUCUGGACUCUGGUUCCACUAAAGAGUUUUUUAGGCGCUCAAAGAUUGCCCUGUUUGACAAAAUGUGGACGUACAUGCGAAGUGCAGAGCCCUCUGUGUUUGUGAAAACCACAGCUGAAGGGGUUCUGCGGGUCCGCAAGUCCAAGGGGAAGUAUGCCUACCUGCUGGAGUCCACCAUGAAUGAGUACAUCGAGCAGCGAAAGCCCUGCGACACCAUGAAGGUUGGAGGCAACCUGGACUCCAAAGGCUACGGGAUCGCCACGCCCAAAGGAUCCUCAUUAAGAACGCCAGUAAACCUUGCGGUAUUGAAACUCAGUGAGCAAGGCGUCUUAGACAAGCUGAAAAACAAAUGGUGGUACGAUAAGGGUGAAUGUGGAGCCAAGGACUCUGGAAGUAAGGAGAAGACGAGCGCCCUCAGCCUGAGCAACGUGGCUGGGGUCUUCUACAUUCUGGUCGGAGGACUCGGUUUGGCCAUGCUGGUGGCCUUGAUUGAGUUCUGUUACAAGUCCAGAGCCGAGGCGAAACGAAUGAAGAUGACUUUUGGGGACGCCAUGAGGAAUAAAGCAAGACUUUCCGUCACAGGGAGUACUGGGGAGAAUGGUCGGGUGAUGACUCCAGAGUUUCCUAAAGCUGUCCAUGCCGUCCCUUACGUGAGACCUGACAUGGGACUAAACGUCAGCCUGACAGAUCUGUCCUGAUCAACGAGAAACUUCUGAGUGCCUUACAAUGGUUUCAAUAGAGCGAUUUUUUUGUCCCUCCCUCCCUCUGUUCUGGCACUUUGCUUUUUGUCUGUGUGGUGAAAAAGAAAAGGUAGGAGACGGAGGCUUCAUUUUGUCUAUCAAAAAGACUUGUAUUGUUGCUUUCAGUCUCUAUUUCUCACCAUAUAAAACACCUCUCUUUCUGAGUGGAGUUACAUCUCAGAAUAUAAAGGGGUGGAUCUUGUUUUUUUUUUGUUUUUUUUUUAACUGAUGACACCAUGCUUUCCUAUCUAUCUGUCUGGACUGGACUGAGAUGGAAGUGAAGGCUUGAUUGAUGUCUGUUUCCCGGAGUCAGAGAUUCAGUCAUAUCAACUGCGUUAAUGAGUGUGUGAAGAGCGUGGGGCUGCGUAUGUCAGGGGAAGAUGUCGUCAAAAACACAUUGUUCCUGUAGCCACCACCGCCAAACAAGGAUUUUCAAGCACACUUGACAUCAUCUGCAUUAAGAUGUGAAAUUGUCCUUUUUUUCUAAGAAAAUCUGCAAAAAAAAAGUUUAUUGAAAAAAAAAAUAUUUUUAUGUAUUUUCACAAAAUAGCUUUUAAAUAAACUUGCUUACAUAAUGGUUGGAUAUAAACAUCUUAAUGUGUGAGUAUAAAGAAAGAAAAAAUACUAAACAGCUUCUAGUUCCAUAUUUUUAAAGCCAAAUACAUUGCAUAUGGGGGCGAGAUGUUGAAAUCAUGUAAUUAAUUCCUAUUCUAAACUUUCCUGUAUAUUUUAUUCUUUAACAUUUGGUGUUGAUAUGAAAUAUAUGUCAAUGCUUGACAUUUGGAAUCAAUCCUUCGUAUGUUUUUCUUGUUAGAGUUGGUGCUGCAACUUUGCUUUCUACUUUUGUCUCUUUGUUUGCUUCAGUGCUUUUGCUGUUUGUAUUUUUUCUGAUAAGGACCAGGGUUGUUGUUCUACUUUCAAGAGCAAUUGAAUCUGUUUACAUGCCAUGAAUGGGAAAUCAGUGAACAACAACAACGACUAAAAAAAAUAUAUAUGAUAUGCUAUUACUGCAUCACGUUUUGAAGUGACAUUAAAAAGAGGCAUCCGCGUCCACAUGGUUUACGUGACGGUUUCAAACACCAAAUAAGUAAGAGUGCCAAAUUCUAGUGCCAGUAGAUAUAAAUAUAGUCUUAAUAUACUCAAUCACUGUCAUCUCAGUGAAUGUAAAUGAUUCUGAUACAUUCUGUAACUUUUGUAACUAGAUGUACAGUUGGUGGCAAUGACAGUGCUAAUACAAUAGCCUUUUUGCUUUGUUUUCCAGUCUCCACGUGUUUUGCAUUGAUCUGACAAUGAAGUAGCACCGGUUGCAUGUUGUUGCCGCUAAUACUACAUACAUUUAUUUCAUUACUGCCAAACAUGCGUUUUCAUUUUAAUGUUGAAGUUGUGAGGUUAACUGUUGAAACUGGAAAUACAAUGUAAGGCAUAUAUACAGUAUAUACAUACAUAUAUUUUGUAUAAAAGUUUAAAAUAUCAAAAAUUAUAUCCCCUCAUCAGAAAUACUUUGCUUCCAUUAAAUACUAAAUUUGAUUACUUAUUCCAAAUAUACACUAUUAUUUAUAUGUCCUUUUUUUUUAUUUAUUUGGUGUCACCAUAUGCACACAGCUUAUACAGAGGAGCAAUUUUAAUUACAAGAUAUAUUUUGUCUUGUGCCCCCCUUUCAAAUUGAUCUAUGAAGAGCACUCCACCGCUACCAGUGGGGAGAUAGGCUGUACUAUUAUCACUGUUGUUUUUUGUAGUCAAUUAUAGAAACAUAUACCGUAGUUGCUAAUCAAUUUCAUUGCAUAUUCAGGCUAUUCCACUGACAUUUUGUAUAUGGAAUGUGUGCUAACUUGUUUAUUUUUUGGGACUCUUUAUAAAUAAAAGUGGCUGAUCUCUUGUUA